GGCAAUAAAUGCUUCUCAUCAUUGUGGAGGAAUCAUGGCCCACAUUAUUUUAGUUUUAGUUUUGGAGUGGCCUUUGACUAGGGGGGAGUUACUUUUUCCACACAGGCCCCCUUGAUAAAUUAAAUCAUAAUUUAAAAACUGCAUUUUGGAUUUACUCUUAUCUUUGACAGGAAGGGGGAAAAUACUUUUCUUAGAGUAUAUGUGAACACGCGUUUUAUUGGGAUUCUGCUUACAGUGUGCAUCAACAGGUGGAUAAAUCAGCUGGUUUAGGAUGGUUAUCUGAAGCAGCCAAUCAUCUGGCUCGCCUUCUUCCCUUUUACGAUUUGAUGUUUGAGAGUGAGCGCGUGCAAGAAUGCACGAUUCAGCGUUUUUUCCCCCUGAAUAGACUAAAUGAAAAGGUCCAGGUGAGAGCUGUGGAUUCAAACACGGCACACGGCACGCGGUCAGAGUCCCCACACAGCCUGUCCUUCACUCACACACUUUAUAAAGGUCAUUAUUGUACUGAUGGUGUUGUGAUUAUAGCCUGUUGUGACAGAGGCGGGUUUAGGAUCGGGCCACGCGCUGAUUGGACAUGAUGACCCCCCUGUGGCACUGUGCUUCCGUUUAGUGCGUACGCGCAGGCGCAGCGACCCCUCUCUCUUCUGAUUUUUAUUUACUCCCGAAACCCAAGAUGGCUCCUGUGAAUGUCUCAGUCCCAUAGCAAAUCGAGGAUGCGAGUAGCUGCCGAAAAAACAACUUUUCCCCGAGCGUCGCAUCCCCUGGAGUUUAAUCCGUAUGCCGCGGAGGAGGCUGUAACGUCCGCGUAGGCACCGAGCAGCCGUCGGAGCUCCGCGAAACCGCCUUCAAUCCACCAAUUUGGAGUAGUUUCGCGAAGUAGCUCUUCUCCUCGCUGUCGCUGUCUGUCCGGAGCGAGGUUCAGGCAGGCAGCUCAUCCAAAUGGCCGAACCGAGAAAAGUGCAGUUUGUCACCCUCUCGGCCUUCGCAGCUGGAGCCGCCGCGGAGUCCAGGAAACGGCGGCUGGAGGAUGAGGCCGACUUCAACUUCGACAGAGCCGGGGAGGUCGAGGCAGCGACCGGGGCAGGAGGUGCCGCCAGCAACGGUCGCCUCGUUAAAACCGGCGACAGGGACAAGGCUGCAGCCGAAAAGAGGGCGACCGUGAGGCUAAACCUGCCCCUGUCCGAGCCUGACGACCGCUCGUCCGCCGAGUUUAAUUACGGGGAACUCAUCCAGAACCUCCAGGCAAAGAAUAAUGCUCCAAGUUUGACUUCAGCCCGCAAUCCCGAUGACCCCUUCAAUGAUGAGGAGAGAGAGCGGCUCCAGGUUGAAGCCCUGGCUAAGAAGUUUGAAAAUAAAUAUGGGAACGUGGGGAAGAAGAAGAGGAAGGAUCGAAUGCAAGAUCUGAUCGAUAUUGGGUUUGGCUACGAUGAGACAGACCCCUUUAUAGACAACUCUGAGGCUUAUGACGAGCUGGUGCCCGCCUCGCUCACCACAAAGCUGGGGGGAUUUUACAUCAACACUGGCACGCUGCAGUUCAGAGCGGCCUCUGAAUCAGAGGGAGAGGAGGACAAGAAGCUGAAUGACAACAGCGAGCAGGUGAUCAAGAGGAGGAAGAAGAAAGAAGGAAACGCUCUGGAGGAGAAGAGCACGAAGAAGAAUAAAGUACCCAAACAGGGAGAGAAUGGCAUACUGGGAGUCGGUGUGCCAACUCAUAAAGCGGGAGGAGGAGGUGGCCAAGGGCGUGGCCCGGGGCCCUCCAGCAGACUGUUUUCGCCGCCUCCGCUUCCCAAUGGACUGCCCGCUCCUCUUAUUAAACGCAUCGAGGACCUGCGGGUGGCUUCGCGGCAGUUUGAUCAGGAGGGCAGGAAGAAAUUUUUCACCCUGGACAUGAAUAACAUUCUCCUGGAUAUUGAGCUGCAGGUCCAAGAGCAGCCUCCCGAGGUGCGCUCAGAAAUCUACUCCCACAUGGAGGCGUUUGUGCCGUGCAACAAAGAGGCGCUCCUCAAACGCCUGAAGAAGCUCAGCCUGAACAUCCAGGACGAUCGACUGCGGACGCCACUUUUGAAGCUGAAGCUAGCAGUGUGCAGUGUGAUGCCUGAGCAGAUAGCGAAAUAUAACAUGGAGUGCAUGGCUAAGGUUGCAAAACAGCAGUCAGAGGAGGGCGAUAAGAACGGCUCAGAGGAGGACGAUGAGGAGAAACCUGGGAAGAGAAUCGUGGGACCUCGGAAGAAGUUUGUCUGGGACGACAAGCUCAGGAACCUGCUGUGCAGCUUAGUGCGAGUGAAGCUGAGCUGCUAUGAGAUGGAGAACCAGUGCUCUCUGUCUGUGGAGGACUACCUCAAGGCUUUCUUAGAGAAUGAGGUCAAACCACUGUGGCCCAAGGGCUGGAUGCAGACCAGGAUCUUGUUCAAGGAGAGCCUUGUUGUUCACAAUCACCUCACUGGAAACCUAGUGAAAAAGAGAAUGGUGCCUGGACCCAAGGCUAAACCCAAGGAGGGCCUUUGGCUCCACAAACCAUCGCUCGGCAUGACCUCCACCCCAUCUCAGCCCACCGCCACAUCUGUUCUGACCUCCAACCGCCAGCCCCUCUCCUCCUCGGAGCCCAUCUGUUUGUCAGACUCUCUGGAUGAAGAUCUGACCGUUCCCUCUCUGGACUCCAUCUCCCAUGCUCUGGCCCUCCUCAGCAAUGCAUCCAAGGGUCCCACAGACAGCCCUUUGUCUCCCCCACCGCUGCAAAUACCAACCUCUUCUCCUCCACCCGUCGCCCCUCACUACCCCUCAGGCUCUCAGCUUUCUGCCUCGUUAGCACAGACAACGCAGCACCAUUCCCUGUCUAAAGUGGAGAGUGCUCCGCUGACAGCUGCAUCUGUUGUGAACUUGCCAACAACAACGCUACCAACCUCCUCUUCUACCUCCUCUUCCUCGUCCCCGGCUGUCUCCUCUCUUGCUCACGUGCAGGCAGCAGGCCUAGCGUUAGCCUCCAGGACUGCAGACGGUCACUAUGGCCCGAUCAAAGGAUCUGGUGUCAUGGGCCAAACCCAGACUCAGAGACAUGUUACCAUGGCGUCACCCAAUCACCGGCCAAGCACAGUGAUGGGGAAGAUGCAUCCGCACCCCUCCCCUUCUCCUCCAAAGCAUCGGCCUCCUCCGACAGCUUCCCCUCUGCUGCCCCCCCAUCAGAAAGGCUUUGCUAGCCCGGUGGGGAUACUGGGAACAAUGGGAGCAAGUCACGCACUGGGAAAGAGCAGCGCCAAAUCCAGCAGCAAUGGCAGCGCUGUUAACAGCAACGUCACAGCUUCCUCCUCCCCUUCCCCUCAGUCCCGCUCCAACUCUACCUCCCACCAUGGCUUGCAGUCCUUUUGCCCCCCGUCACCGGCCACCUCCUCACCCUCGCCAACCUCCCAUACCGCACACUCCGCUCAAGGUAAAUCCCACACACACCUCCACCACCAGCCCAACUUCAUCACACCCAUGCAGGCCACCCUCACCAAGUCCUCGCACAGCAGCAACUCUUCUCCCAUCAUCAAGCUAACCCCUCGGCCUCCCGCCCCCACCCCGCCACCCUCAUCCUCCCCCUCGCCAUCAUCCUCACCGUCAAAUCCGCUUUCCCAUCAAAUAAUCUCCACCCAACAGCAGCAACACCAGUUCUCUCCCAAAACCCCCAAAACUUUCCGGCCCCCCUUCAGUGUAUCAGGUGGCGGGCAGGUGAAACAAACACAGGGCGGCUGCAGCUUCACUGGAGCCCAGAAACCUCAGUCCACCACUAGCAACAGUAGCAUCAACAACAACUCUAACAACAAGGGAGUGGUCUCGACAGUCUGCAGUCAUCCGGACAAAACCCCCCAAUCACCUUCAGUCUCAGCCAGUCACGGGCAGAGGCAGAGGGUGGUGGGUGGGGCCAGCCAGGGCUCAAAGGCUGGAAAUGGUUGGGUGGCUUCAGGAACUUUGGCCACAUCCUCCACAACGUCACACCUCUCACAGGUAUCGACUGCAGGCACUCCCCUCCUGGGCAACCCCUCUGCUUUGCCCCUGGGCUUCGGGAUGUUGGGAGGUCUGGUGCCUGUCUCGCUACCCUUCCAGUUUCCGUCGUUGCUCAAUUUCAGCCCUCCUGGAGCUUCCGGGGCGGCUGGAAUGGGCACAGCACCCAGCUCCAACUCAGGAUACCCGUUAGCACAGAGCGACCUAAUGGAUCUGUAUAAGAGUCUCCAGUCAGGGUCACAGGCUGCCCUACCUCCUCACUUGCAGCUUGCUUUUUCAGAUGCGAACCAAAGCCAGGGUGGAGACAUGAAGAGGAAAUCCCACUGAACAAUAACAGCACAGGAGACAGACAGACGUCACAUCCUCGCCUCCUGGCCACAACCACCAACGGACUCUUCGGCUUGAUUGACUGACGUGAUGCGGUAUGAAGGGGGGAGGGGGUGUUGCUCCCUCGCCUCCUUUUAAAAAAAAACAAACAAACAAAAAGAGGACAUAAAAGAGUUUAUCUCCGCUACGAGUGGCAAUGAUUUAAUUUAACUGUAUUUUCUAACAAACCGGGUAUGAGAACAAGACGGCGUGAAUGACGAGGACACUUGUUUUUGUUCUGCCUUUUUUUUUCUUUUCUCCUCUUUGUCAACAUGUUUACAUAUGACUGACCUUGAUCACUGUGGAAUGAGUGUGAGCGAGGUGAUGGUACAGAUGAGAGUAGUAGUACACUACAUAAUAUAAUUUGUAUUUAAGCUCAUGUGGAGUAACAGGACUCGUUGUUGCAGUACAGAAAAGGAAAAAAGAAGAAACAGACUGACUAAUGAACUUUUGUUUUUCUGUCUUUCGUGGGAAUCGUCUGUAGAAGUUUAUCGUCGGUCGCCUCUGCUCCCACAAAUGACUGUUAAGUAGUAGCUUAAAUUAAUAUUGAUAAAUUAUUUGUAAUUUACACAGGGACAAAGGUGUGUGUGUGUGUGUGUGUGUGUGUG